UUCAGUUUGCCUUCAACACCGCUCCGCUCCGGUUGCCACAAUGAUUCGUUUGAAAUAGAUGUGCAUCGUGCGCUUUUAAAAUAUAAACAAAUAAAACGGAAAGUUUGAACUUUGUGUUAAACGGUGAAUUGGUAGUGAUAAUUAAACUUACAAACAACUUUUUCCUUUGCUAAGUCAAAGAGCAAGCUGUCCACCCUUUUUUUGGAGUCUCAGUGGAGCUGUCUAGCCAUCUCGCUCGCACACGGCUUGGCAAUCGAUAAGCUUAACAGCGGGGCUGUCCACCCGCUUACUGCUGUUACUGUUAACUUUCAACAGCGAGUGUUUUGAGAGCGUAAUUGGAACGCUGGCACAACCCGUUAAUCUCCAAUGAGGCGACACAUUCGGGGGAAGGAAAAUUCAUAAAUGAAAGCUUCUAAUUGCCGGAGAAUGACAAACGCGACAAGAAAUCAGCGCGAGCGAACAAAAGCAAAGCCAACUUUUUAGGCAGUCCGAAAGAAAAGCAGCAGCGAAAGCCGCGAAAAUUGAGCCACCGAAGCGGCGGCAAUGCUGUUGAUGCCCACAUCCUGUGGGCCGGGGCCACCCACCGACCUCGGCCCCUCGUCCUUGUCCUCGCCCACCCACUGCCCCUACCGCUCCCGCUCCCCCGCCCCCCGCCGAGCGGCAGAUGAUGGAGAGACGAUGCGGCGGUCAGGGACCCUGGCCCCAAGGACCAGUUCGGGGUCGGGCAUUCCCCAGUGGCUGCUAAUCCUCGUCGGACUCUUCGCCAUUCUCGCCCAGACACCAAGCAGCCAGGUGGCCGCCGAGAAGAGUAAACACUAUUACAUGCAGUCGCUGUGCAAGAACCACUUCCUGCAGCAGCUGUACCGGAAAAUCGACGGAGCCGUGCUCUGGUCGCAGAACGAGCGGAACCUGGACUGCAUCAUCACCUUCCAGACGCACUCGGUCCUGCAGCGCUUCAUGCUCCGCUUCGACAUGCUGCAGCUCGACUGCAACGAUCACCUGCUGGUCUACGAUGGAGCCCACGCCGUGGCCACGCCCAAGAUUGACAUCUCCUGUCGCAACACAAAGAACACCGUCAACGCGCUCCUGACGCGCACGAACUUUGUGACUCUGAAGUACGUGACCGACGGCUGGGGAACGGAUGCGAACGGCUUCAAGUUGGUGAUUACGUCGGUGAAGGAUCCCAAGCACACCUGCAAGGACUUCACCUGCGCCACCCGCGAGUUCUGCAUCCAUCCCGAUCUCCUCUGCGACGGCAUCAAUCACUGCGGCGACAACUCCGACGAAUCCGUGCAGAAUCUGUGCCAGAGUGAGACGAGCAGCACGGUGUUCGGCCUGGACAUGACCUGGUUCGUCUUGAUUGUCGUAGGAGUCCUGCUCGUCCUGAGUGCAAUGGUCGUGGCGGUGGCCAUUUGCGUGUGCCGUCGCCAGGACGAGAACGCUGCCAACCAGAACACCGCGCUCCAGCUGCACCACACGGCCGAUACGAACGGGUCGUCGAAACAUCUGCACUACCACGGGAUCAGUGUCGGCGGGACACUGACGCGGGAGCACACUCAACUGCCGAAUUCGGGAAACUGGCAUCACCCUGCGGGACCAUCCGGGUACCACCGCACUCCACACAACUACUUGAAGAUGGCCACCAAAGUCCGUCCCAUUUGGUGCUUGGCAAAUUCCGUCAAUUAGGUCAAGAUCUUUCGCACAAUUCCGCCGGGCUCAGCCAGACGAACAUCGCCGGAGCUGGCCAUCCCAAUGCCAACGCCGUCGGCGCUGCGCAGAAGGACGAGUGGUUCGUCUAGGACCAGGCAACACUGUGGAAGGACCGAUUGACUUAAGCACAAUAAUCUGUACUUUAUUAAGUAAAUUUAUGGAUAUUUGCAGAGCAUUAAAUGAAGACUGUAAGACUAUAUUUAACAACAAUUAGUGUGGACAUCACCGCGCAGGGUGUAUUAUACAGAGAUCUCUACUCGUACCCAAGAAGAAUCUCGAACGCAUUGGCCAGAACAUGCCAGUUCUGUCGGAUAACCAAUGCACCUGUAAAUAGUUUAUAAAUAUAUCAUUUUUGAUUUAACUGAUUAGUACCACCAGCUGGCAAAUCAAGAUCCCCCAAUCCCAUAUCCCCGAAAAUGAAAAGUAAAAAAGAAAGGUCCGCAUCUUAAUUUUGUGCAAGUAUGUUGGCAUUUAUUUAGGUAAUUACGUAUGUUUAGAAAGCAAUUAGACUUGAAUUAUGGCUCUUCGAUUGUACACUUAGUUUGCAUAGCGGGUUUGGUUCAAUAUGCACAGACAAAGAUCCCUUAAAUUAUUGAACGAAGGAAUCAGAGAUAGUCGCAGAUUCAGAGAGGUAAACUAACAUUUGAAGAAACAAUCGUAAGCAUUUAAUUGAAUUGUGAACAGAAACCGUAAGAAGUAUUAAAGCUCAACAAGGAUAACCGAUAACUGUCAUUAAUAUACAACUUCCGAAUCUUACAAAUUUGAGAUAACUGGCAGAUCGUUUGGCCAGGUCGUUUUUACAAAAAUUAAGCUGAAUUCUAAUCACAAAAUGGACACAAGAAGAUCAACCAAAACAAGGGAUGUACAUAAGUAGUCGACAAUAUACUUACAUAAACAAAACCAAAUCGAAACUUCUAACGCAACUGUCAUCUAUACAAUUUCACCUCCACUUACCAUUGUCCACUUGGAAGUCUGAAUUUGCCCGAUGAUCAUCCACCUGGGGAUCAUCCAGAGACUCCGAUUGAAGCAAACAUUUCACCGAGAGACUCAUUCCUCAUUAAAGAACCGAAAACCAAUGCUAAACGGAAAUAUUCUGAGACAUUAAGGACAAUACAGUGAAAUCUUUUGCUUUUGAUACAACUAAAUUGAGAAAGUGACAUGGCAUGCAUUUUAACCUACAGAAGUGUCCGAAUACAAUUUUCUACAAUCAACCAAACGGAAUUCUACAAAAAAAUUAAACAACGUAAAAAUACAUUAACAAAGUUGAAACAUUUUGCUACAAAAUCGAAUGAUAACGAUCAUAUAUAUUGACGACGAGGUGUGUGAGGAAACAUGAUAUGUAACUUGAGAAAACCAAACUAAAAUGCUUCAAAAUGAUUGUAGUACUUCCCGCCGUUAAUAUUUUUUUAAUAUAUCGUACAUACUACAAAUACAGAUGCAAGUCUUAAUAAUAAUACUUAUACUAAGAAGCAAUAAGUAAGAAUUUUCCGCUGCUAAAAUUUGUCUUUCAAAAUACUUCCAUAGGCCCGGUUAGUUCAAUAGUUUUGUGGCUCCUCAAUUUUCUUUUCCCAGAUAAUAAUUGAAAAAUAAUACUACUUUGCUAUGCCAGACAAAAUAUCAAAUUAAGUGCAAAAUGAAACACUAAUUGAAGAGGAUGGUGUGAGGCAUACGUUCAGCCCGAUCAAUGCGAUUAAGUCAAAUUAAAUUAGUUUUGUACUUAGAAGUAAUGGAAAACCCAAGAACUAAAUUAACUAAUCUUCUAGGCAUAAUUUUCGCUGAUAGUUUUUAUUCUUUACAACCUUCUUUUGCCCUUCUUUAAGUUUUAAAACUACAAGCGUCUUAUACUAUAUCAUAAAUUAUAGGAAAAUGGUAUUAUGAUAAAUUGAAUUUUUAACCAAAAUUAUAAGCAAAUUGUAUUAGGCGUCAAAUUUUAGAACAGAAUGAAAAACCAAGAGGCGAUAAGCUGAAUGAAACACAUUGAAUAGAUAUAUGUUAUAUGUAUGAGCUAAAACCACAUUCAUACAUGGCAACAAAUUAAUCUUAAUUACUUAAAAACGAUGAUAAUAAAUGAUACUAAAUAAUAACUGAAUAACCACAAAGCUAAUUUAUGCAAUACAGGAAUAUUGAAUACUGAAAAUUAUGCGUCAAUAAAACGUUUAGGCAAGAUUGUAUUGUAAUAUCUAAUCGUAAUUGUACUCGUAAUCGCAUGCCUACUCCCCACUGGUGAAAAUCGGUUAGAUCAUGUCGUAUAUGAGUGUAGUUAAAAUAUACAUAUUUACCUAAAUACAAUUCAAUCGGAAUGGGAAUCGGACUGGACGAAAGUCGAUCAGGAAUAAUGAGCCGAAUAGUUUGUAGACCCUGCAGGUCCCCGAUGUUCUGUAAAAGAUAAAAUAAUAGGCGAGUGUGGAUGGUGGGGAGAGCUUUUCGUUUCCCAGUGUAAGUGUUACAAUGUGUUAAGAUUAAUUUUUUACCUUCUACAGUCUCUAAAUCUCGAAAAGACUUUGCCGCAAUUAGUGUAACUCUUCUAAUUAUAUGUAAAUGUAUGGUACAUGUGUGUAUGUACCCAAAUAAUAGCGACAGAAUAUUCAGAAAAGGUCAUUUUAAAGUAUCCUGCUUUACCCACGCAAUCAUCAUACAUAGACCGAAAAUCCAUAUGUGAUGGAAAUUACUAUCAAAACUUUUAGGUUCGGUAGAAUAUCAUAUACACGCAGGUGUAGAGUAAAUACUUUUUGUGUGGAGAGAGUCAGGUGUUUGACCACCUCGAUGGAUAACUAUGGGCUUAAAGGCUACUUAAGUAUAAAUUGACUAGGUAUACACCCGAAAAAGAGCCACGGACAGUAAAUCGUAGUGCAAAUGUUAGACCAAAUUUUGCCAUAGAACCGACGACGGAUCUUCACUCCUCUAGGGAGUAUCCAGUGGAUUACUUUCCUGAUUCAGUUACCGCACGCAUUCCGAAGAAAAACAUAGAAAGUCCACAACUUUUAGAGUUAUUGCCUUUGGUUGAAAAAGAUAAUAAAGUAUGCAUAACUACCAGCGACAACAAUAACGAUGAGAUUAAUUAACCCGAAUCGAAAAAUAAGCCUAAGGGAUCGCGUAAAGUAAUGCUUAGCUUUGUGUUAAAUUGCUGUUGAAUAUAAAUGUACUUGUACAAUGAUAAUAAUUACGAUGGCAUUGAACACUCAGAAACACACAGAUCAUCAACAAAACACAUCAAACAAUAACAAUGCAAAAACAGAACCCAAAUCCAAAUGAACCUAAUUAUAAUAAAAUAAAGAAUAUAAAACGUUAAA